CUACAGUGCAAUAACUUAGUAUCUAUAGAAUUUGGGGUGAAAAGGUCGGAAUUGGAUCAUUAAAACAAAAAAUGAGUGUUGAGAGAACUAUUUACAGCGUUAAGAUUGAUAAAGAGCGCGUCCCUCUAUUCGAUGAAGACUUUUACCAAGGUUUUCGCAGUGAAAUGACAGUCCAUUUCACCAUGGCUGCUCUUGACCCUGCAGUAAAGUCCAAUGAUCCUGUUACAGUGAAGGUAAUUACUCGCCUCCAGCAUUCUGAUGAUGAGGAUGAAGAAGAUGAAGAGAAGGAUGAUGAGGAAGAGCAAUUUGUCCUUUGCACCCUCAAGAAGGGAGCAAUUUAUCAGCAACCAAUCAAUCUUACCUUUUCUCCAGGCGAAGAGGUGUUCUUCGAAAAAGCAGGUGAUGCUACUGUCUAUUUAAGCGGUUCUUGCACGGUCACCAACGUCCCCGAAGACUCUGAAGACAGCGACAUGGAUGAUGAUGAAAGUGGAGAUGAUGAAGACUUCAUCUUUAAUGACGAUGGCUUGAGUGAAGAUGAAGACUUUGACUUUGCUGCUUCUGAGAACGAGGAUGAAGAUGAGAGCGAAGAUGGUGGUGCUCGUAUUGAGGAAUUAGGUAGUGAUGAAGAGCAACAAGAAGAUGAACAAAAGCAAGGGUCUAAGUUGGAGUCCCCUCAAAAGAAAGAGAAGCACACUCAGGAAAAAGAAGAAGAAGUAGAAUCUAAAAAGCGUCCUUCUGAAGAAACUCCCGACACAGAAGAAAAGGAGAAAAAGCAGAAGUCAGAGAAGCCCGCGAAAACGUAUGCCAAGAAAACACUGGAAGGGAAUGUAGUCGUUCAAGACAAGGUUAUUGGCAAUGGACCUGCAGCCAAGAAAGGAAAGCGUGUUUCCAUGCGCUACAUUGGUCGUUUGAAGAACGGCAAGGUAUUCGACAAAAAUAUCAAUGGCAAGCCUUUUGUCUUUAACUUGGGCUUAGAAGAAGUCAUUAGAGGUUGGGACAUUGGCGUUGCCGGUAUGCAAGUUGGUGGUGAACGCACUUUGCAUAUUCCUUCACUUAUGGCUUAUGGAGCCAAACGUCUCCCCGGAAUUCCUGCUAACUCUGAUCUGAUUUUUGAUGUGAAACUUUUGGCUGUCAAUUAAAUUCAGCUUGGUCGGUAAAAUGUAACAAAAAAAAAAUUAAGGUAUUUUGGUCAAUUAUUUCUAAUAUGGUUUGGUUUGGUUUUGUCUUAGGUAAAACUUUGGACGAAUAUAGCGUUUUUCAUAGAUUUUAUUGAAUGAUGAAGUAUAAAUAAAUAUAUAUAAAGAUUUAUACAUAUAAA